AUGCUUCCGAUCAUAGUGCUCCUAAGCGCUUCGCUCGGCCUCACGGCGGCCAAGUCGAGCCCAUACAUGUUGUACGGAGUGCCGAAAGGUCCCGGCAUUGACAUCGACGAGAUGGAAAACAUGGCGACCUUCGAUGUAGUUUCUGCAGCAGUCGACAACAGCACUCGAUCCUCAAAUACAACGCAACCUCCGAAGACCACUACACCCACAAUGCCAAACACUCCAGGUCUCGCAGAACCAUGCGCUGCUGUCAGUAGCGCGGUAAAAGCCAUUCCCUCAGGAAGCCGAAAGGUCCUCCCGGCAGAGUUGGCAGUCAAGUGUCUGCAGUCGGUACCGUUGGAUCAGAAAGGCAAUAUGCAGCUCAUCGAUGAUUUGAAGCUGUAUAUUGAGUGGCAAAGUAAUAUUGCAUUUCUGAAAAACCCGCCAGCGGAAUACACAGAGCAGCCAGUGGACCUUAUGGUAGAGAUGGACAGCAUGAAGAAGCAGUUGGCCGCCAAUGGCUUCAACAACGAGUACGACUUUCAAUCAGAGCUGAACAAGCUUUUUACUCGCGCUUAUGACAAUCAUCUUGCGUGGCAACCUGACAUCCUCGCCGGUGUGGUGCAGUUCCAACGCCCGGCUGGAACAGAACUUGUCUCUGUUUCAUCUGAUGGGAGUCAAUUGCCAGAAAUCUAUGCCUACCGAGACCUCGAGCUUGCGAAGAACAACACCUCGUUCAAACCUUCCCCAGUGCGAACAAUCAAUGGUAUAGGAGUUGAGGAAUAUCUGCAGACAGUCGCUACACAAGCCGACUUCCACGAUGCAGACACACGUUGGAAUGCCCUUUUCCCCAGCCAAGCGCUCAUUGCCUCCGGUGUAUCUUUCCUUGGAUCCUUCCGAACGGGCAUGUAUCAAGGACCCAAUACAACUAUGGCCUUUGCCAAUGGUACAGCCAAGUCCAACAUGAACGUAGCGGUUGUUCUUGGGAACUUUACGGGCGUCACCGAUGGGGCGACCUUUUUUAAGAAGUUCUGCUCCGGUCCUGCCAUAACGACCACAGCUACUACCACUGCCGCCAAUGGUACUAACACGACUAUCCCAACACAAAAGCCUAAACCGUCGCAUGUUGGGUAUCCGAAGGCGGUGCUCAUACAUCCGAAUUUGUCACUUGGCGGUUACUGGAUCAAUGAUACUGGCUAUAAUGACGUUGCUGUCAUGAGCAUGCCUUCCUACGAAUCGCCCGAUGUUCAGCUUUAUCAGAAUAUUAUGCGCGACUUCAUCCGCAUGUCAGUCAAAGCUGGCAAGACCAAGAUGAUACUCGACCUUCGGGGAAACGGCGGAGGUAAUGCAAUUCUUGGCUAUGACUCCUUCAAGCAGGUGUUCCCGCAAGCCGACCAGGAUCCAUUCGGGGGUACACGAUUCCGCGCGAACGAUGCUCUCAACGUUGUGGGUCAGAUGACUCGGGACUUCAGUGCCAACAAGACAUUCGCGCAGAGCAACCCGAUGGCGUUCAAAGAGGCUUUUGGGCAGCUCACUAUGAGCGAUAUCUCCUUGUUUACGAGUGGUUUCAGCUUCCAGCACCAACUUGACAUCAACAACAAAGCACUCGGUAGCUGGGAGCAGAUGUUCGGUCCUGUGAUGGUCAAUGCUGAUAAGUUCACUACGACGCUCAGAUACAACUUCACCGACGAGGUGAGCUAUACAUAUCCGGAUUUCUCGGUCAUUGGCUUCUUAAAGAAUGCGAAUGAGACGAAGACACCGCAGCCUUUCAAUGCGAAUGAUAUUGUUAUGCUCCACGACGGCAUGUGCUCCUCAACCUGCACCAUCGUUUCGGAACUCCUCAAAAAUCAGGGUGGCGUCCGUACCAUCACUGUCGGCGGUCAGCCGAAAGCUGGCCCCAUGCAAGGCAUUGGGGGCACCAAAGGCGCCCAAUCCUUUUCCUACGACGAUGUACAAAUCCGCACUCAGAUCGUCUACUUCCUCGGUUCCCCCGAACAACAAGCCCAGUGGAACCAGACCUCUCUUGGCAAAACCGCCUUCGCAGAGCAAUUGUUCAAGCGCACCGCCUAUAGCGGCGACCGACCUGCUGGCGGCAUCAACCUGAAGGACAACCUCCGCCGCGACGAUCCUUCUAAAACGCCGCUCGAGUUCAUUUACGAGGCUGCUGACUGUCGCAUGUUUUACACCGCACCUAUGAUUAACGAUGUAACAAUGGUGUGGAAGGGUGUCGUAGAUCGCAUGUUCAGGAAUGGCACAAAUCUAGGCUACCUCUACGACGGCUCGAUCACAGCAAGCUCUGCCAUUAAUCACUGUGCUUAUUUGAUCCUACUCCACAACAUCCUGGAUCCCGUAAGCACACACAGCUUGUAUGGACAUGCGAACAAGGACCUCGCAGCAUUGAAGAGAGUACCAGCAGCUAAGGCGACGUGGGGACAACUGAACAAGGGCAACCGUUGGCGCAUGUAUUCUAGACUCAAUAACCUGAAGACUACUGCUGGGCGAGAGAAGAAGAUCCGGACCCGUAUCGAGACGUUGGCGAGAGGCGAGACGCCUACACCGGAAAAGCAAACACUGGCGCGUAAAGAGCGCAACGUGGAGGAAAAACCUUCGCCCGUCCCUGCGACGGUAUCAAAAAACGAGCCUACACAACCGAUCUUGUCCGGUCGACGAACAAGGACAGGCAGGUUGAUUCCUUCCUAUGGCGAGUAG